AGCAGCAGCAGCAGCAGCAGCAGCAGCAGCAGACGCGCCGUGCACCGGUGCGCGUGUAUUCGGGGCCCAACCCGCAUCCGGACGAGCCGUCCAACGCCCUUGAUGACCUCGCUCGCUACGGCAACAAAGUGUCCGGCAACAACCCAAACUUCAUCCAGGACUUCUACUCCCAGUCCAGAUUGCAUCACCUGUCAACCUCCGGGAACCAUGCGCGCGCGUUUAUUUGCCGCAUUCAGCGCGAGUAUGCGGCAGAUGGCAAGGCGCCAUGGAGGUUCAGCACAGCGAGUGACGCCAAUCGAGUCAUCGCACACAUUGACCUCGAUGCGUUCUUUGUUGCCGUUGGUCUUCGUACUCGCCCGCACCUCCGUGACAAGCCUGUUGUGCUUGCACACGGCCCGCGCACAGGAAAUGGGGAAAUAUCUUCCUGCAACUACAUUGCCCGCAAGUUUGGCAUUGGUGCCGGCAUGCGCGUGUCACGUGCGCUGGAGCGCUGCCCAGACCUGCAGGUGAUCCCGUACGAAUUUUCGCUGUACAAGGAGGCCUCUGAGCGGUUCUACCACAUUCUGGCGCGACACACCAUCCGAAUCCAGGCAGUGAGUAUGGACGAGGCAUACCUCGACCUCACCGGCAUUGCACAACCAGACCACCCAGUGCAACACCACCAACAGCAACAACAGCAGCAACGGCAACGGCAGAUGGCAGGGCGUGGUGCUGGCCAGAGUACGACAGACAUGAACACUGACACUGAUAGCACCGACACCAAACACACAGGCAACGUCGCUACUGCUGAUGGCGGUAGUGGUGAUGGCGGCGAUGGUGGAAAUGACGGCAACGGCGAGCAUGACAAUCAUGAUGAGGAGGAUGACAACGAUGAUGAUGAUGAUGGCGAUGAUGUUGUACCGAGCUUCAACGACCCAGCGCCGUCAAAGCCACUGGCGAGCGAAGUUGUUGCGCAGAUUCGGCGGGAGAUUGAGGCAGAACUACACAUCACAGCCUCUGCUGGCAUCGCACACAACAUUUUGCUUGCGCGCAUGGCCACGCGCCGUGCAAAGCCAAACGGACAGGUGUAUGUGGCGCCUGGCCAGGUUGAAGGGUACCUUCGCGACGAGCCCAUUGGCAACCUGCCGGGUGUUGGCUGGUCCACGGAGAAGCGGCUGCAGCAGCAAGGCAUCACUGCCUGCCACCAACUCCGGCGUUUCCGACUGCAUGAGCUGCAGUCUGAGUUUGGCGACAAGACGGGCCAGGCGCUGUACAACGCGUGUCGCGGGGAAGACACGCGCCCGCUCAAGGAGAACGAGCCACCAAAGUCUGUGAGCGUGGAGAUCACGUGGGGCGUGCGCUUUGCUGAGCAGCAUCAGGUACACGCGUUUGUGCGCAAUCUGGUUGGCGAGGUACACAAGCGCCUGCUGCUCGCGGAGCGCCUUGCGUCACGCCUCACCCUCAAGGUGAAGGUGAAGCAGCCUGGCGCGAAGCAGCCGUACAAGCUGUUGGGCCACGGCCCCUGCGAUGACCGCAAUCGCACCAUGAGCUUCAGUCGCCCGACAAAGGCCGAGAAACUGCUGGCAGAUGCCGCUGUGAAACUCUAUGAAGCUCUGAAGAUUCCUGCCCUCGACGUUCGUGGCGUGGGCGUCUCCUUGCACAAGCUCAGCCCCGAUCUCUCUCUGCCCGGCGCACGUGAGCACUACAAGCACCACCAGCCCCUCCACCCGCAGCAGAAGCAGCUAAACUCUUCCUCCUCCUCUUCGUCUUCUUCUUCAGCAGCAGCAGCAGUAGCAGGCGUGGAUCGGCAGCAGAGAAACGUGUUUGACUUGCUUCAGACGACAGUGCCACGCACCCCAUCAUCACCAUCAUCGCCAAGCGCUGCAACGCCUGCUGCUCCUGGUAGGAAAGACAGCGAAGCAGGGAAAGGGCGUGCUGCUGGUGGUGAUCAUGAGGGGGAUGGCGAUGGCGAAUUGCUUGCAAGCACGGAGCUGCCGUCUGGGCGUGAGAGCAGUGAGCAGAGGGCGGUAUCAAGGCAGGGCCGUGCUUCGCCUUCGAUCACUGCGCUUCGUGCUGUCGUCAAAGAACUGCAGGCGAAGCGCGUGGAUGUGCUUGUGUUGCUGGAACUGCCGGUGUAUGUUCAGCGCGACGUUGCGAAGGAGCACAAGGUUUCCAAGCGCUGUCUUGAGACGCUGUCUGCGUUCUCUCGCGAGGACGUUCGCGCAGUCAUGACGGCAGUGAGCCAGGCAUGCGACAAAGCUGUGGUUCUCGACGAUGACGAUGAUGACGCUGAUAACAGCGAUAAUGACGAAGACGGUGGUCACGGUGGUGUUGACGGCGAGGAUGGUGCUGCUGAUCGCCGUGGCGUCACCCGCACCACCACCACCACCACCACCACCACCACUCGCACGACCAGCGACAGCAGCGUGCAUGAAAUUGCAGCGAAGGGAGGUGAUUUGGUGUCCUCGGUGCCUUUGGCAGGUGGCUCGACGGUGUUUGAGAUUGCAUCGGCCGCCGCCAGCGCUUCCUCCUCCCAAUCAGCCAAGACGCCAUCGCAGACCGAUGCUGCUGCUGCACCCAACAACGCCGGCGACAGGGAGAGCCGUGCUGGCAACACCAGCGCUCAUGACCACAAUGCCACCACCGCCACCACCACCGCUGCCAUCAAUGCCACGAGCACGACAGGAGGCACUGGAGAAACUGGCAUUGCUGCUGCUGACACAACCAAUGCUGUGAUGCGUGGGGCAACGAGUUUGCAUGUGUCUCGGUCCACAACGCCAUCACCGACGAAGGGGCGGCGACGUCGGUCGCACAGCGCCAUUCCAUUCACAUCCGAGACAGUGAACAUCGAUGACGAUGACGAUGAGGUGGCUGUCAGAGGUGAGGACGACACAGAAGGUGAAGGGGUAGGACAGAAACAGCAACAGGAAGUGCAAGAACGACAACAAUUGCAGCAACAGCGGCAGCAGCAGACAAGCCGCGCUGCCACCACGACUACAACAUCGUCGUCACCAUCGCCGUCGUCAUCCUCGGCGCAGUCACCAUCAAGGAGAGCAGCCCGAGGCAACACUGCGUCCACAGCACCAGGCAGCAACAGCAGCAGCAACAGUGGUGAUUUGGCGUUUCCAUCGCCGUCGCAGUGGAGCAAAGACGUCCUGGCUGAACUUCCACCUGAAAUGGUCAAGGAGCUGCAGUCGUUCUCGCGGCGCCAGCAAAAGCAGCCGACAACACUUCAGCAGGCGCGAUCGUCAUCAUCUGUGGGGAAGAGGACCAAGAAGGGGGGUCGGCGCACGCCAACAGCGACAGGAGGAGGAGGACCAACAUCAUCGGCACCGCGCAGUCCAAGCAAACGCGGCAAGCGCGGCGCACCCAAGUCGCCAACACGACGAACAAAAAAGGCAAAGCGAGGUGGUGACAAGGCAGCAGGUGCCGGCGAGGGCGAUGGCGGACGGGCGCUGCUGACCAACCGCCGCUCCAUCUUUGAAACCGGCAUUCUUGAACAGCUUGCAAGCAAGCGCCACAAAUCCCAGGAGGACAACGGUGCGAGCGACGCAGCAGACAGGCGUGUCAGCACUUCCCAUGGGCAUGGUGAUGAGCAUGAGGAGGAUGAGGAGGAGGAUGUUUGCGUGAUGGAUGAGAGCACGGCAGGUGCACGUGUCGACGGCCGCAACCCAAGUGUCACCGUGGGCACCAGCAACGGAAGCGGUGGUGGUGGUGGUGGCUUUGACAUCACUGCGUCGCAGAUUGACCCCAGUUGCCUGCAGGCACUGCCUGAGGAAUUGCAGCGGGAGAUUCGCGCGCAGUACAACCUCUCUUCAAAGGGGAGGCGGAGUGAUGGUGGUGUAGGUAAUGGCAUGCAUGAGGGACGUGAACUUCAGGGAAGAGGUACAGCUGGAAUGAACGGCAGCGUGCGUGAUGCUACUGCUGCUGCGACUGCUGCAACUGGUGCCAAGUCGUCGUCUUCAUCGUCAGCAUCAUCGCCAACGCGUUCGCCGAGGCGAAGGCGAGGAGGGGCCGGCGACGCAGCAGUUCCCGCGGUUGUCCCUGACAACGUUGCCGUGUCUGCGCUCCGGUUCGUGCGAGCGAUGAAUGGGCCCCGGGCACUGGACACAUCCACAGAUGGCAGCGGCAGCGGUGCGUGUGUUCCGAACGUGCUUGGCUGCUCGAGCAUUGUCACGGUUCGCAUGAUGGUGCGAGACUGGUGUGAGACGUGUGCACAGCCGCUCCCCUUCCAGCGUGAAGCGCUGUCAACGUUCGUUGUCGCCCUUGCGCGUCGCAAGGAACUGGAGCAAAUGAAGUCGAUCCUACAGCACGCGCGCCGCUGCAUGGCUGCCCACCAGCACAACACCAAUGGUGGUGGUGGUGGUGGUGGUGGUGGUGACACGUGGACGGGGGUGUUCAAUGCCGUGUUGUCUGCGGCAAAUGAAGUGAUGCGGGAGCUCUUCUCGUGCCACCUCGCCAUCGACCCGCUGUGACUUUGCGGAGUGGGAGAAGGAGAAGGGGGAGAAGCAGGCGUGAAACGGAUUGUGGUGUGUGUCUGUGUGUCGGUCUGUGUGUGUGUGUGUGUGC